CUUCAAGGUUUUCAAUCAAAUAAUUUACUUAAAAUGUCUCAAAUUUCGGAUGUGGGCUCCCAAAUUAUGUAUAGAUCCGUUGGUUGGACGUGGGGAUGGAGAUCUAUACUUAUGUUACAAUUUCAAUUGCAAUUUUCCGUGGCAAUCGCUUUAUCGAUUGUGAUUAGUUUUGUUGUUGUUCUAUCAGAAGCCGCGUACGCAAUAGGAGCUUCAAAUUCGGAUAAAAUUCCUGUUUUGUAUGAUAACCAGUCAAUUUAUCUUUUAUAUGCCUUCGACAUAGUUUACUUCAUCGACCUCAUCUUAAUGACAAUUUAUAAAUCGUUAGGUUGGACGGAUAUCAACUUUAAACACAGCCCAAGAGAAUUUAUAGUUUUAAUGAUAGAAUACGGUUCUUUAAUACCAUUAGAUGGAAUGUACUUUGUAUUUUCGGAUGCGCAACUUCAAAUUUUGUACAUCUUACGAUUAAGAUACGCCAUAAGAAUCGUCCGCUUAAUCUUAUAUUAUCACGGAACGAAUUAUAUCUUUAUAAAAAGCUACGUUGUCCAUAUAAUAUUGGUGGUGAUUGUUGUUAUUAUUGUAGCAACUAUAGCUUCGGCUGUAUCUUACGUUUCCGUUUGCGAUGGUGAAAGUAGAACGUGUGGUUAUAUGGAUACUGAUUUAUUUAAACAAAUUUCGUAUACGUUUUUAUCUAAAAUAACUGAAAUGGGGGUGAAUUACGAGAAUUACACCACAUUGAGUGGUUCUUUAUUGUUUUUUAUUGGCGUUAUUUUUUUUCUGUGUAAUAUGUAUUUAGUUAGCAAUUUUAUUUGUGAUAUUGUUAUUUACAUGGAAGAAAAGUAUUUUUUGGUUAGUAAUUAUCGCCGAUUAAAAGUGCGAGUUGCACGAGCUGGAUUUUAUGUAAAAGCUAGUAAUCCCCACAAAUAUAUUAAGAUUUUACACGAUUAUUACGAUUUAUUUUGGGAAAAAAGACACGGAAUAAACGACGAUUUUAUUACUAAAAAUCGAUAUUUACCCAAUAUAAAAUCGAAAGAAAUUUUUUUGGAUUUGUCUUGGAUACCGUUUCAACACAGUCAUUUUUUUCGCGAAGAAACCACCCAUUUUCUAAGACAUUUAUCUUUAAUCGUUCGACAUAUUUCGAAAGCACCCGGUGAAAUUAUUUACCAAAAAGGGCAUCAAAAAUCUGAGUUUAUUUACGUUGCUUCGGGUGUUGUGCAAAUUUUAUCGGAAGAAGAUAAUGAAACACCCAUUAUUUCUUUAUCCGAUGGGACAUGUUUCGGGGAAACUUGUUUAUUUGUGGAUUACAAAUCAAACUCAACUGUUAUUUGUAAAGGUUAUUGUGAGUUAGCUGUUAUACAUCGAAAAGAUUUUAUAAAGAUAUCAAAUCUUUAUCAAAGAAAAAUGAGGAGACUCCUUAAAAACACCUUAACUAGAUAUAAAUACGCAAAUUAUUUCGCAAAGUUAUCUAAAUUGCAAGGUGUUGAUACUCACAGUGAGGGAGAGAUGCAUAUUCGCUGGUUAAUAUACACUUUAAGAAAACUUCUUUAUGGUGAUAUUCAAGGCGGGUCGAGACAUAUGGUGCAAAAAUUAGAAUCCACUAUUUUUUGUACGAAAUUUUUGGAUAUGUUGGUAAUAGCCCAAGAAAUUAAACUUGUAACAGACACAGUUUUUUUAAAAAAAUCAUUUCCUUGGAUUCUCCAACCAUCAUCGCCCGUUUUAAUCGGAUGGAAUCGAUUAAUUACAUUCGCAUUUCUCGUCCACGCUGUAUGUUACAUGUACACAAUUACAGUUGCGCCGGAAGUAAAUAAUUCUUACAUUAUUUAUCACGCAAUUAUAAGUAUGCUUUGGAUUUGCGAUCUUUACAUAGAAAUGUCGACAGCCGUUCAAACAACGGAACAUUUUUUGAUUACCAUCAAAGAUAUUAUUAGUUAUAAAUCGCAAGAUUUUACGUUUUUGUUAAAUAUUGCAGCUGCUAUGUGCCCUGGAUUAUUAUUAUUUUUAACUUUACCGAAUUCAAGCCCAAGAGUUGUUUUGUUAUACGAAUGUAACAAACUUUUAAAGGUUUAUAAAGUGGAACAAUUUUUCGAGUCGAUUAAAUACUCAUCGAUGACUAAAAUGGUGUUUCUUCUUUAUUUGAAAUUUCUUAUUUAUAUGGCGUUAUUGUUACUUUAUUUUGCUGGGUUUUUAAUCACCACUGUUUGCUUCGAUUGGGAGUGCACAGAAAGUUUCAAAACAUAUAUGGAGAGUAUUGGUCAUUUCGAUCCAUUAAGAGUACUUCGUUUCGGUUUGUUACAAGUAAUCAACUUCUUUUGCAAUUUCUUGCGAGUCUAUCACAAUUACCACUCGUACAGCGAUCUUAUAAUAUUACAAUGCGUGUUUUUUCUAUUUCAAAUCCUUUUUACCGCAUCAAGAACAGCGGCGGAAGCUCUAAGACGUUACGACGCUCAAAAUAUGAGUAAUUACGCAACUAGAGUCAUGUCUUUAUUCAAAACGUUCAAUGCCGUUAAAUUGUAUUAUGGGGACGCCUAUCAAAACAUGAAACUCCAAUAUCAAUACGAUUCAACAAACUUUUUACAUAAAAAAGAGGUUUAUCAAGUGUUAUCGAAAAAUUUUUUGACUAUUUUAAGAGAAAUCGUGUACAAAGAGGAUGUAUUAAAAUUUACCAUUUUUUCUGGAGCUAAUAAAUUUUUAAUCGAACAAAUUGCGACCGUGAUGAGAUCGAUUAUUCUUUGUAAAUCUUCUUUGGUGGUGAGUCAAGGUGAACUUUGUAAAAAAAUGUUUUUGCUACAAAUUGGGAAUUGUAUCAUCAAAUAUCCGGAUGGGACCACGAAACUUUUAAAAGCAGGGGAUACUUUUUGUGUAUUAGAAACUUGUAUGCAAACUACUAGUUUUAAUAGAAUCGAAACUAUUACAACUUGUCAGCUUUUAAUGUUAAAAUUUGAAGAUUAUUUGCAGAUAAUGAUGGGAAAUAUGGAAAUGUAUCAAAUUUGGCGAUCAACGUGCGAUGAAUUCAAAGAAACAGUUUCAAAAGAAUCAUUAAAAAUUCUAGACAUAUCGUACCAACCUAAAAAGAAAUCCGCCAAGAAAACUUUAUUACAAAAAUUGGGAAUUUAUAAAGUAAAAGUAAAAAGACGAGAUUUUCCAAAGUGGAUGAUCGGAUUUCGGUCACUUUUUAUGCCGUACACUAUCCGAUCAGACGGCUUAUUUUUAAUAAUUUGGGAGAUAAUCGGUUGGAUUUUAGGAAUAAUCGCCGCUUUAUUAGUUCCAGCUUUAGCUCUUCUUUGUUCUAAGGAAUCAAAUUUAUAUUCACUUUUCCUCAUUAUAGACGUAAUUUUUUGGUUCGAUAUUUAUUUACGUCAUCAUGUUAUGUAUUAUAACCCUUAUGGUAUUGAGGUGAGUCAUCCGUAUUGGACCGCCUGUCAUUAUUGGAAACAUUCGUUUCUUUUGGAUAUUUUAGCAUGUUUUCCGUUCGAUUUAACUUAUUUUUUUAUUAACAAAGGGACAACUAUAAUUCCAUUUUAUUAUCGUAUGAAUCGUUUGGUUCGUUUAUACCGAAUUAAUGGAAUCGUUCGUUAUUUUACAUUUAUCGAUAUUAACCAUAUAAAAAUGGUCGAAUCAUUUAAGUUUGUUUCGCUUUGUUUAGUUGGAAUUUCAAUCACAACGUCGAUACAUUUUAUGACGGUUUGUGAAAUGUACCCAAAUUGUACAGCGAAAUGUGUAAGUAGUUUAAUUCGAUUGAAUGAGACGGAUGAAUCGGAGUUUUCAGCCUCUAAAUAUCAUAGAUUAAGUUAUUUGUAUUCAGCUUCGUUAUUUUUAAAUAAUUAUUAUGGGUUUAAUCGUUUAAUCGUUCGUUCUGAAGAAAAUUUGUUGAUGGUGAUUGGUCUUGUUGGUUAUUUAUUUUGGGCUUACGUCUCUUCUAAUGUAAUAGCUGUAAAUUUAACGAGAAAUUUUUAUUUAAUAUCGUAUCAAAACGCUAUGAAAGAUUUAGUUAAAUUUAUGAGUAUGAGGCGAUUAGAUAAGCGCUUAAAAAAUGAAAUAAUUGCACAUUAUGAGUAUAUAUGGCAUAAAAAGCAAGCAAUUAAAAUUAAAACUUUGCUUGCAGUUUUUCCCGAGCCCAUUAAAAAAUCGAUUUUAGUCGAAAUAUGCGGUAUGAAAAUGUUGCAAUCGGACGUUUUUUCUUGCGCAAACGAAGGAAUUAUAAGGAGUUUAAUCGGUUUUGCGCGACAUUUAAUUAUUUUAAAAAGCGGAAUUAUUUAUCGCGUUAAUGAUGUUAUAAGCGAAUUAUAUUUUAUACAUAAAGGUAAAGUUGAAGUUAUCGGUCCAGAUGGAAACAGCAUGGAUAUUUUAGAGGAAGGGAGCAUGAUUGGGAGUUUAGAUAACAUUUCAAUGUCCAGACAAACGUUAACGAUGACGGCUUAUGGACACGUUGAGUUAUUGUAUUUCCCAACGGUUGAGUUUCAUAAAACUUUAUCUAAAUACCCGUUCGUUUAUAAGAAAUUUUUACGUUUUACUUAUAUGAAUGUUGAUUACAUUAAAAACGAAAAACAAACUGUGAAACAAAAAAAGGCAACCAAAAAACGAUUAACUAGGAUUUUCGAUCGAAAUCGUUGGAUGGUUUUUUGGAAAAAAACCAUGGUUUGCGUUGCGUAUUUAAAUUUUGGAUUAGAAACUUAUCACAUGUCCACGUUAGAUCAUUCCCCAAUUUUAAUUUUUCUGUUAUAUCUAAUCGACUUUAUGUACUUAAUGAGAAUUUUUUUCAAAUUUAAUACAGCGUAUAUCGACGAAUUUGGAAUUACAAUCAAAAAUAAAGCUUUAAUCGCGGCUAGAUACAAAAAAACGAGUUUAUAUUUCGACUUAAUCUCAAUAAUCCCCUUCGAAAUGUUUAGCAUUUUCAUGUUAGGAUAUAGUUAUACAGCAUCAGCUUAUGCUUGGACUUAUCUUAGAGGAAAUAGGUUAAUCCGAAUCGGAUACACCUUAAAAUACGCUAAAAUAAUCAUUCAUAAACUUAACACAAACGCUUUUUGGGUUCGAACGAUGCAUUGCACUUUAUUACUGUUAGUGUAUUUAACUUCGUUAACUUCAAUUCUUUGUUUUUUCGAUUCAUUUAAUUAUCCCUUAGAAGGAAAGUCGGGGAUUGAAAAAUUAAAAAUUUAUUUAAGUUAUUUAAGAAUGAUGUUAGAAAUGAUUAUUAAAACGACGAUAACGUAUGAUUUAGAACGUCUUCAUACGAAUUUUGACCACGUUUUAGUGUUUGCUAUGGUCCUUUCUAAGUGUAUGGCAAUGAAUUAUAUGGCGCAAGUUGUUUAUACAACUCAAAUUGUUAAUCAUCGCCGGGGAAUGUUUGAAACGUUCUCGUCUAAACUAAAAACGUUUAUGAGAUUAAAUUCUUUAUCGCAUCCUUUGCAAGCAACGAAUAUUGAAUAUUUAAGUUCGCUUUGGAGUCAUUUUAAAGGCGAACAAUUUCCCCAACUUUUAUCUGAAGCUCCUUAUUAUUUAAGAGAAGGUGUUUUAAACUCCAUGUUUGGAGUUCAUCUAAGAAGUCAUGAAGUUUUUAAAAAAUGUCACGUCGAUUUUAUUCGACAAGUUGCAGCUUGUUUUAAAGUGGCAAGAUUUUUUCCCGGCGAUAUUAUUACUUAUAUUAAGGAUAUCGAUCAUUGCAUGUAUUUUAUUCAUAAAGGCGCUGUUGAAAUGUUGUGCGAAGAUUCUUUGUAUAACGAGGAAGUUGAUGAUGUAUUAAUUGAAGGACAAAUGUUUGGGUUUGAACAAGGAAUUUAUAUGAGAAUUGGUCACGAGUAUACUUAUAGGGUCAAAGAACAAGCUUUUAUUUUGGUUUUGAAACGAGAAGAUUGGAUUCAUUUAUUGGGGUUCUUUCCAGCAUCAAAGUUACAUUUGUAUGAUAAAAAGAAAGAAAUUUAAAUUGUUAACCCAUUUAUUAUUAUUAAAAUAAAAAUACUAUAAAAGUA